UACUUCUAGGGUUUUCACAGGAUCUCUCUUUCAGAGUGAAGCAGAGAGAAGAAAAGCCCCUUAUUUUGUUUAAGGUUCUGAUUUCUCAGAUUUACUUGCAUUUCUCAUCCAUUAAGAGUAUAGUGCACCUAGCCUCUUCUCCGAAUCGAUCAUUUUCUCUUCUUGAUUUGAGAGAAUUUAAGUACCAGCAAAUCUGAGAUUUAACAUGAAGCGUUCAAGGAAAUUGAAGAAGGUUUCAUGGGCUCCUGGAUCUAAUCUAUGCCAGGUAAAAUUGUUCUUAUCUGAGGAUCUCCCUUCAAAAGUUGGCGAGAAAUUUCAAGAUCAUUUUCAAGCAAAGAAAAUGUCAAUAGGGUCUUCAGAUGAUUUUCCUCCUGGUUUUGAAGACAAUCAUUUGCGAAAUCAAUCAAAGGCUAAACUCUCUCACAUCCCUCAGAUUAAAUGGGAAUGCCCUUCUUUGUUCACUUUGAGUAAUGAUUGGCGCGUUGCAGCUGGUGAAGACAGUACGGAGACAUGUGAUCAGAAGUUAAGAGAAAUGAGAGUGCCUGAAGCAAUUUAUCCUCGUAUUUCUGCCAUUCCUGAUGGACCUUCUGAAUCGGAGAAGGAAUUUUAUGAUGAUAAUGAAAGCCUCAUUCCUCUCAUCCCUCUCAUUCCUGUUGAGGAGGAAGAAGAGUCAGCAGAGGAUAUUGAACCUGACUCUUCCAUCAAAAAAUUGCAUAAACAAAACUCUCAGCAGCAAUAUAUACCACCGGCAAUAUCUCUUGUUAACCCAGAAUGCAGCAAUGUUAAUUCACAUUGCAGUGGAAAGCCAUUAGGUGCAACAUCUUCUGAGGCAGAUAUAAUUGCAGCAGCUUCUUCUGCUGCUGUUGCUUCCAUCAUAAAAAGGAAUGAGCAAGGAACCUUGAUUGAUAUGGAUUUGCUCGUUAAAUUAUUUACUGACCCAACAAUGAUUGAGAAAUUAAUUGAGCAAAAUAGAACUGCUACCACCACUGUCAGUGUCAGUGCCCCCUCAAGUAUUUUGAGUAUACCAACUUCUUAUUCUAAACCUGCAGCUGUAGCAUCUGAGACUACACCAACAACCACAAGGCCAUCAAUUACAUCUGUUCCAUCUGUUUCAUUGCCUAAGCCUGUACCUCCUCAAACAGUAACAAGGCAUAAACCUCCAUCAAUACCUACACCUCAUAUGCACAGGCCUGUCAAGAAAAAUAUUCCCCAUAUGGCAAAUAGAGUGCUUCCCUCUUUAAACACUCACUCUCCACAACAAGGGCUAAAGAGAGCAGCACCAUCAUUGGCUUCUGUUUCUUCCAGUGAAUUGAAAACAGUGACAGUGUCUUCUGCUUCUGCAAACAUGCAUGCAGUUGAAAAACAGGUGCAGUCCACCACAACUGGUGCCGUUAAGGAUGUCAAUUAUUACCUAAACCUGGUUAAAGAACAUGGUACUCAUAAGCAAGCUGGCAACAAGAGUCUUAAGAACUUACAAGGUUUGAAACCGUCACAGGGAGAAGUGAAAUUCAAAAGUAAGAAACCAUGCAUAUACUUUAGAACUAAAAGGGGUUGCCGUAAUGGUUCUGACUGCCCUUAUCAGCAUGAUAUGUCAAAUCGGGGGGAAGCUGGUAAAGUCCUAAUGGCUCAACAAAAUGCUAAAAGAUUGAAAGUAGGACCAGAAAUUAAGGGGAGGCUAUAUACUUAAACGGCAUAAUCUGAGGGUUGAGACCGAAGACUGUAACUCCUCGUACAUUAAAUUGUACAGAAAGGAAGGAGACCAGCUGUAUAGAGUUAUCAUGUUUUUUUCAUUCGUUUUUCAUUCUCUCAUGAUAUUGUUGUAGGUAAUAUCCUGGAAACUCCUGUAAUAAUAAUGUUUGCCUUGAACCUUGGGUGGAUGGUUUGGUAGUUCUUUG